CGGAGGAAGCGACGAACAAGCCUACGACGAGCCCUUCGACUACGAUGACGGAACGCUCAGACACAACGACAUCUCAAAGCACCACUACCUCUGAGUCAGUGGAAUCAUCGACUACGGACGUGGCGACCAAGACAUCUACGAGGCCUAUGACCACGGUGUCAGCCACAACGACAUCGCCAGAAACCACCGCCUCCAAGUCAGCAGAAUUAUCGACUACGGACGCGACGGGCAAGCCCAUGACGAGCCCUACGACCACGAUAUCAGACACAACAACAUCGCAAGACACCAUCACAUCCAGUAAGUAUGCUUUUGAUCUUUAAUAUAAUUUGUCUAGCCACUACCCCCUUCUCUCUCUUUCUCUCUCCUUCUCUCUCUCUCUCUUCCUCUCUCUAUCCCGUCCCCUUCACCACCCGUCUCCUUCUACUGGCCACCUAACCUCCACCCCUCCCCUUUUCUCUCUCUUCAUCUCUCUUUUAGUCUUUAUCUGACUCUGAGUAAGAGAAACAAUGCAAUAAAUUCAG